AUGUGCAAUAGUAAAAGUAACCCCACAAAAUUAUGUGUCAAAGCAGGACCCUCCCUCUAUCUUCAAAAUAACUGAGGGAUAAGAAUAAAAUAAAGUAAAGAAAAAAGGCGACCAGGAUCUCUUCUUGCAGAUCUAUCAAGCAAAUGAGAAACAGAAGUAACAAAAUAAAUUUUUGAGAGAGGAUUCAUCAGCUUAAUGCUAAGGUCAAUGUGGACUGUUAAAACAAUGAUCUGUAUAAUAUUGAACAGCUAUAGAGAAAAUGAACAAGCAGAUAACUUACUGUCUCAUUGUUAUGGUGGACAGGGCAUCAACAAGAGUUUGAUAUUGCAAGGAUUGUUAAACAAAACACAAGAGUCUGAAAAAUUUCCUUUUCUCAUCUGGCAAAACAGGUGAUUUCUGACCUCAAUUUCCUACAAUCUGAAUUACCAAUUUAAAACAAAUAUAGUUUUCUCCUUCCUUAUUGCUCUUUCUAAAACAAACAGAACCACAGCAGUUAAAUCAGCCAGAGGCACUACCAUUAAAAGAUGGUUGUUACCACCAGUCACAGUCACCAAACAAAAGACCAUAAACAUCAUCAUCAAUACCAAUCAUGCUCCAAGCCAUAAACAUUUUCCGUAACAACCAAUCUGUGUCAAUCUAUCACUUAAUCAGCAUACAACAGACUAUCACCACAAAGAUUACGCCAAAUGCUGCCCUUGGUGAUACAGAUUCCUUGAUCCAGACAUCAGCGAGACCAAACAAAUCCAUUACAUAUGCAGUCCAGAAUCAUGGCAGAUAUUAUGAAGACGUCUGACCAGUGGAAAACAACGCUUAGGAACUGAUAUUAAUACCUCCAAUGUAAUUAGAUUAUAUUUGGGACUGGAAUCUAACACUUAAAUAACAUAAUCCUCCAAUCUGCAUGCCACCAGCUGAUGGUACAUACCAGAUUGUUGUGUCACAGGGCAGAAUGCAUAGGAAAGAAAAAGAGAACUUUCCAACUAGAGAGUGCAAGUACUGAGCUUUCAAUAUCACACAGAUUCAGCAUUUUAGGUGGCGGUUGCAAAAACUAGAUUGUCCAAAAAUCCCUGCUUCUCAUUCCCUUCAACUUUUAUCAUUAAGUCUGAAGGUCAAAGUGCAGCCAAUAAUGCUGUCAAACAUCACAACCUACUAGAGCUGAGACAGUGAUGAAUCUGUUCUCUGCCACAUGGUAUGUAGAAAUGCAGUCACUAGCUUGUGAUAAGUGAGUCUGUCACUCUGUCAGAAGAAAGUAGUGAAGGUAGAACGAUAAAUUGUGGUUUGCUAAAUACAUUGGCUAAUAUAUCCUCCCUGAGAACUAAGAUCUGGGUUUUCUAUAAUGAUAUUCAUGAUUUAAGGCCUCUUCAACCAAUUUGAAAUUUACUAUAGGUAGGAACCACACAACUGUAUUCUUAUUCCAAAACAAUAAUGAAGCUUUCCCUGAAAUUUUUCUACAACUUAAGCACUACUUCAAUCUAAAUUCCUGCAACUGUGAAUGAGCUCGCAGUGAACAAAUUUAUG